GUGUUAGUAGGGGAGGAGUGAGCAGUAUAAGUAGGGGAGGAGUAAGCAGUGUGGGUAGGGGAGGAGUGAACAGGAAGUGAAAGGAGCAGAGUGUGUACAGAUGUCUACUUUUUGAAGAAACGGUCGGACAGUUUUUAGCUAAUGUUCUGGAGAAUUCCUCUGAAGGAAACUGAUCAACACCUGGAUCUACAAACACACCUGUAGAACCUGAAGAGAACCUGAGAUCAGAGAGCGAGAACCUUCACACACCUGAAAGUGAAAGUCUGAGUGUUGUAACAGGAAGCAGCAGCAGGGAAAGAAAAUGGCUUCUAAAUCUUUCUUAGUGGAGGAUCUCACCUGUCCUGUGUGUUUUGAGAUCUUCAGGGUUCCUGUGCUUCUGAACUGUAGCCACAGUGUGUGUAAAGAGUGUCUGCAGAAGUUCUGGGAGUCUAAAGGAUCCAGAGAGUGUCCAGUUUGUAGGAGAAGAUCUUCAAAUGAUCAUCCUCCAGUAAACCUGGCUCUGAAGAACCUGUGUGAGAACUUCUUACAGGAGAGAAGUGGGAGAACUUCAGCCGGUUCUGAGACACUCUGCAGUCUGCACGGAGAGAACCUCCGGAUCUUCUGUCUGGAUCAUCAGCAGCCCGUGUGCUGGGUGUGUCAAACCUCGAGGAAACACACCGACCACAGAUUCCGCCCCAUUGAUGAAGCUGCAACCGACUGCAAGGAGGAGCUCAGAACUGCUCUGAAUCCCCUAAAGGAGAAACUGGAGAUCUUUAAAGAGUGUAAACUGAACUGGGAUCAGACUGCAGAUCAUAUAAAGACUCAGGCCCGACGCACAGAGAAGCAGAUUAAGGAGGACUUUGAGAAGCUUCACCAGUUUCUACGAGAUGAAGAGGCAGCCCGGAUCACUGCGCUGAGGGAGGAAGAGGAGCAGAAGAGUCAGAUGAUGAAGGAGAAGAUUGAGAAGAUGAGCAGAGAGAUAUCAGCACUAUCAGACACUAUCAGAGGCGUAGAAGAGGAGAUGGGAGCUGAAGACGUUCCAUUCCUACAGAACUAUAAGACCACAGUGGAAAGAACCCAGUGCACACUGCAGGAUCCAGAGAGCCAAUCAGGAGCUCUGCUCAACGUGGAGAAACAUCUGUCCAACCUGAAGUUCAGCGUCUGGAAGAAGAUGCAGGAGAUCCUUCAGUUUACUCCUGUAACUCUGGAUCUGAACUCUGCUCAUCCUAAUCUCAUCGUAUCUGAAGAUCUGAUCAGUGUGAGAUUCAGUUCUGAUAAACUGCAGCUUCCUGAUAAUCCAGAGAGAUUUGAUAGUUGGUUCUGUGUUGUUGGAUCUGAGAGCUUUAACUCAGGAAUUCACUGCUGGGAUGUUGAAGUUGGAGAUGGUGAUCUCUGGGAUGUGGGAGUGAUGUUAGAAUCUGCUGAGAGGAAGGGAAAUAUAGACUCCAGGAGAGGAGUGUGGUACCUGUGGUGUUGUUUUGGUAAAUAUAGAGUCUGUUCUUCACUACAGGAUUCCACUGAUCUCUCAGUAUCAGUGAAAGUGAGGAGGGUGAGAGUUGAGCUGGACUGGAACAGAGGAAAACUCUCAUUCUCUGAUCCUCUCACUAACACACACUUACACACCAUCACACACACUUUCACUGAGAGACUCGUUCCACUCUUCAAUACCUGUUUCGGCUCUUUAACUAUCAGUCCAGCUCAGAUCAGUGUAUCAGUGAAUCAGUGAAUCAGUUCAGAUCAGUGUAUCUGUGAAUCAGUGAAUCAGUUUGGUUUGAUUCUGAGGGCUCUAUCUGAUUAAGGAGUGUUGUGAUGCUCAUCGCUAUCUUACACCCCACCAACAGUCUAUUAUCACUCCUUCCUCCUGCAUAGUUUAAAUGCUUGUGGAGUUUAUAUUAGGAUAAAAUUAAUAAAACAUAAAUUCCUCUGAUAUUGCUGGAAAUUACACGGAUAUGAUGAACAGAUAGACCUUUAAGAUAAAUUACUUCACAGCGUCAACCAGCAGCUCAGUUUCCUCUGCUGAGAAGCGUUUGUUGGACACGUCCAGGUAGCUGCACCGUUAAAAUAGCAAUCCACCAAAGUCAGAGCUCACCUGAUCUACUCUUAAAGAGAAUGAUGAGCAAGACACACUCUGAUUGGUUUAUUAUUUCACAUCACACCCAAAAUUAACCCAUGAUUAAUUAAGAGAAUUAGUACAUGUCAUUAGCUCGUUUUGAGCAGAGCAAGGUUUACUUUUCCCGUGGUUACGAUAGCGAAGACACACUGACACGCCCUAAAAUAAAGCUGCACGGUUCACUGCUCAACUAUAGAUCAAUAAAAUAGUACCCUGUAGUAUAUAGUAACCAACACUCGUUUAUGAUCUCUGUAAUCAAAUAAAACACAAAGGAAUUAGAAGAAAUUCUACUUUUUAGUUUCUAUUCUCCUCACUUUCAAAAUCUUUUCUGAUUUAGGGGUGUAUUUAGGGGUGUUGCUGGGUUAUAUUGUGUCUAACUAUAACACAUUAUUGAUUAUUAAAUUAAUUGAUUAUUGUUUCUUCAUUCUUGAUUUUUUUAAUAAACAGCUUGUUU